AUGCCGGACACGCACGUAGCCAAACUACAAUCUGGAUCUGACGAGGGCACAAUUGUCAGUGCUGCCAUAGCAACCACCAUUCCGUGGGAUGACGAGAAGAGAGGCGGAAAGACAAACGAGAGCAAACAACAUUGUCUGCCUAGGACCACAACUGUCAAUGCGGGUACGGCGAUGAUAGCCAACGACCGCACGCCGGAUCCCAAGCGCAUUGAGAAUGUCCCGUCAAUCCUUUUCCCGUUUCCCUGCUUGCCACGGUCCACCUGCAUAUGUGAAUGUCUAAGUAUUACAGUAAAAACACCCCUCCGUCUGCCCAAACAAGCGGCAUGGGAAUUGACGACAUUCCCUUCCACCAGUUCCCCGACCAGUCACUCCGACUAA